AUGGAAGCCACAUGUCAAUGAAUAUCUGGCAUGAUGAGUGUCGGUUGCCCCUGGCACCCAGUAAAAGUCCUUGACACGUGUCUCUCUCUUCCUCAUCGAUCAACAUCAUCAUCAUCCACCAUAUGUAUCCUUUAUCUCUGCUACUUUCCCUCAACUCACUGCAUAGUGACUACCAGGUAAUACUCCACAUACAAGCCCUCCGCCACUAACAACUCAUUUCUCAUGCUUCCCCAUUCAUCGGAACCCCACAGAAGACCCAAAUCUCCCGAACUCUCCGAUCCCAAAUCCACCUUCUCAGCCCUCACCGCAGCCCUCAUACACCUCCUCUCUCCUAGAAACCCUCGUUCAUGGAUUCUCUACAUCAUCCUCUUCCUCCAGAUCCUCCUCCUCUCCAACCUCCGUGGCUUCCCCUACCCUGACGCCUUCCUUCACCCAUCUACACUUCUCCAUAACUCAACCAACGCCCACCAUCCCUACCUCUCUAUUCCUGCAAACGCUGUCGUUCAAGAACCCACACUCCCCCAAAACGAAGUCAUCGAGAACACCUCACUCGACCAAUGCGGCUCCGGAAGGGUUUUCGUCUACGACCUCCCCAGAACCUUCAACAAAGAAAUUCUCGAGAAUUGCGACAACCUCAACCCGUGGAGCUCCCGCUGCAUCGCCCUCGCAAACGAUGGACUCGGCCAGAGUGCUGCCGGUCUUGCUGGAAUCGUGCCGGAGGAUCUCCUUCCGGCGUGGUACUGGACAGACCAAUUCGUGUCGGAAAUAAUCUUCCACAGGAGGAUGCUCCACCACAAGUGCAGGGUAACGGAACCAGAAUUGGCUACGGCAUUUUACAUCCCCUUCUACGCUGGACUCGCGGUUGGGAAGUACCUAUGGUCCAACACAUCAACAGCAAAGGAUCGCGAUCAUCACUGUGACAUGAUGCUGACGUGGCUCAAUGAUCAACCCUAUUACAAGAAAUCCAACGGCUGGAAUCACUUUAUCACCAUGGGGCGCAUCACAUGGGAUUUUCGAAGGUCCAAGGACCAAGACUGGGGUUCAAGCUGCAUCUACAAGACAGGGAUGAGGAACGUCACGCGCCUCCUCAUCGAGCGUAACCCUUGGGACUACUUCGACGUCGGUGUUCCCUAUCCUACCGGAUUUCACCCCCGAUUCGACUCUGAUGUAACUCGCUGGCAGCAGUUCGUCCGCGAUCGCCGCCGCAGCUCGCUCUUCUGUUUCGCCGGCGCCCCACGCGGGAGCCGAUGCUCGAACGGGACGUCAGCGAUCAUGGAGGCGUUUCUUGAGUCGGAUUUCUGCCUUCAGCCGAGAGGGGACAGCUUCACGCGGCGUUCGAUCUUCGAUUGCAUGGUGGCAGGUUCGAUUCCGGUUUUUUUCUGGCGGCGGAGUGCUUACUUUCAGUAUGAGUGGUUCUUGCCGGCUGAACCGGGUAGUUACUCGGUUUACAUAGACCGGAACGCGGUUAAGAAUGGGACCUCGGUAAAAGCGGUUCUCGAAAGCUACAGCAAGGAAGAGGUUAGGAAAAUGCGGGAGAAAGUGAUCGAGUAUAUUCCAAGGUUGGUUUAUGCCAAAAGUAACAAUGGAUUGGAGGGAAUGAAGGAUGCUUUUGAUGUUGCCAUGGAAGGGGUAUUUAGAAGGUUUAGGGAUCAAGAAGAUUUGAGUUUCAGUAAGUGGAGAUGAAAAUGGAGCUGGGUGUUUCAUUCAGUAAAGAAAAGAAGGGGGUUGAUAAAUAAAUAAGAAAAUAAGAACACCAUUUUUCUUGUAAGUUUGGUAGGAUAGCGUUUUUCUUUUACAGGUUUUAUUUAUUUAUUUAUUAAUGUAUAACGGGAUGUACCAUAUACCAUAUAAUAUAAAAUGAUUGAUAUUGGCAUUCUUUUUAAACAUAACUACGGUGAUUUAUUAUCCA